UUUUUCUGACCCUGAGCUCAGGGUAACCGCAACGCAUGCGCACUUCAGUUUGAACCAAGGCUGUUCAUGAUGGCUGCGGAUAGUGCCUUGCUAUUGGGCUUGGUAGAAGAAUUCGUUUUGGGACAACAGGACCGCAAGGCGGUAGACACCGCAACAGAACUCAAGGCUGGACAGUUUACUAUACUGCAGUUGGUUGAAGCCUUGGGUUUGCAUCUGACCAGCUCCCAACCCCAGACCCGAGGCCGUGGUGUCCAGCUCCUCUCCAAUGUCCUACAGGAGUGUUAUGGAGACCUUACAGAGAGAGAAGUGAAAGUCCUUAUAGUGUUUUAUGAGAACAGAUUGAAGGACCACUAUGUCAUCACACCACAUGUCAUACAGGGGCUGAAAGCGCUGACCAAAUGCUCAGUGUUGCCGCCUGGGUCUGCAGUGUCCAUUCUGAAAUCACUAUUCCAGGACAUCCAUGUGCAGUCCCUGAUGCUGGCGGAGCGGUCAUGUGUUUACAACAUCCUCAUCCAGCUUAUGGAAUCCAGAGAGUCAGAGCUGAAGGGCCUGGGUGCAGACUUUGUCUUUGGGUUUGUCCAGUCAGUGGAUGGGGAGAGAGACCCACGCAACCUUCUGCUGGCCUUCCAUAUCGCUAGGAAGAUUGUCCAUGAAGGCUAUGAUCUUGGUAAAUUCACAGAGGAGCUGUUUGAAGUGACAUCCUGCUAUUUCCCUAUAGACUUCAGCCCUCCCGCGAACGACCCCCAUGGCAUCACCCAGGAGGAGCUGGUCCUGGCCCUGAGGGUCGUGCUCACCGGAACACCACGCUUUGCAGAGUUCCUGCUGCCACUGAUCAUUGAGAAGCUGGACUCCGAUGUUCAGAGUGCCAAGCUGGACUCCCUGCAGACCCUGACUGCCUGUGCUUCUGUGUAUGAACAUAAAGACUUAGCCCAAUUCCUACCAGGCCUUUGGGCCUCGCUGCGCAGAGAGGUGUUUCAGACAGCUAGUGAGCGGGUGGAGUCCGCUGGCCUAGCCGCCGUCGGUACCCUGACAGCCUGUCUCUCCCGCUCCGUCCUCAACUCGGACUCUGAAGACUCCCUCAAUGUCUUCCUGGAGCUGGUCCUCAAAGACUGUCAGCACCACCUGUGUGAGCCGGACCUGAAGCUGGUGUGGCCCAGUGCGAAGCUGCUGCAGGCCACCUCUACCGCCUCCUACAGGGCGAGCCACAGAGUUGCCGCCGCCGUCCUGCCGUCCCUCAUAGAGCAAUACAACAGCCGCACACAGUGUGCUCAGCGGCGCACCCUACUGGAGGUGUUACAGGGCUUUGUCCACCCGGUGACGUCCUCAGAAGAGGAUGAGAGUGUGCUGUUGGACUUCAGGCAGUCUCUGUGCAGUAUAGUGUUCUCUGCUCUGUCUGAGAGCAAUGCUGACCUCCAGAUCACAUCUAUGCGUUUGCUCACUGCACUGGGCCAACAGACAGGCCUGCUGUUAGAGUCAGAUGUGGAGCUUGCCGUUGACCACCUCACCAGGCUCAUCCUGGAGGAGGGAGAUCCUAAAGUCAGCCUGGCUGUGGUUGAGUGUGCAGGGGCUCUGGCUCGCCUGCACCCUGCAGCCUUCAUCUCUAAGAUGGUUCCACGGCUGAAGGAGGAGAUCUUCUCAGAGCCCAUGGCACAAGGUGACAGCGCCACGCCGUCCCGGGAACAUUCCCAGCAGGCAGUGCGUCAGCGCUGUGUGGCGGCGCUGGCUGCGGUGUCGUCCCGGCCCAGUUUGGUUCAGGAGAGCACACCUGUCCUGCUACAGGUCCUCACCUCUGCACACACUGGCACUGGCGCGUUCUCAUUGGAAGAGGUGAUCUCUGUCUGCCACAGUCUGCAGAAGAUAGCAGAGCAGGCCCAGGACACUGAAGAGACCGGUGGCGUCUUCCAUGACGUCAUUCCUCGCCUGCUCGGGCUGGCAUUGCAGGCAGCUUUGCAGGGUUCCUCAGGCCAUUGUAGCCCGAUACUCGAGGAGACUGUCCUAUCAGCCAUGGUACCCAUCAUCAGCACCACCUGUGCCCGACUACAGUCCCGACUGGCUGGCCAAACAGCCUCGCUGGCCGUGUCCCUCUUCCUCGACGGUGAUGUUUCCUUCCUGCCAGAGAACGCCUUCCCCACCCAGAUCCAGCUCCUCAAGGUCAGGUUUCAAUGCUGGAGCCAGUCCCAGAUGGUGUGCCUGCUCAUGGGUUGUGUGUGCUGGCUGCCACGGACCGUGGAGGUGCCCCAGAUGGACAGGCUACUGUUGGAGUUGGAGGAGCUGAGCUGUACCUGUGACCAUCCGCUCUCCUACACGUCAGCCGCCAAGUGCUACGCUGGGCUGGUCAACAAGAGUCCCGCAGGUGAAGUCCUGGACUCUCUGAUAGACAGGACGUUAAAGAGGAUCUCCACUGAGCUGGACUCUGCGUCCUCCCCCGUCAGAACGCAGGCGUUCACUCUGCUGCUCUGGGUGUCCAAGGCUCUCCUCCUUCGCUACCACCCUCUGUCCACAGCCCUGACCGACAAGCUCUUCUCCCUGCUCAGUGACCCAGAGCUGGGUUGGUUAGCGGCCGAUGGAUUCUCUCUCCUGAUGAGCGACUCGCCGGACGUCCUGAACCGCGGUAGCCACGCCGACGUGCGCAUCAUGUACCGCCAGCGCUUCUUCACGGAGAACUCUGCCAAACUGGUCGAGGGCUUCAACGCCGCAGUCCAAGAGAAGAAGUCUGGCUACCUGAAGGCACUGUCUCACAUAGUGAACAAUCUACCCAGACAGGUCCAGCUUACUGAGCUACCAGCGCUCCUGCCCCUCCUGCUGGAGGCCCUGUCGUGUCCGGACCAGGGGGUGCAGGUGUCUACCCUGUCCUGCUUGCAACCGGUCCUCCUGGACCCCCCUUCAGCCCUCAUCACCCAGCUGGAGGUGCUGGUGGGCCGCACUCUGGCGCUCACCACCAGCCCUACCAUGAAAGUGCGGAUAGCCUCACUGCGCUGUAUCCAUGCCCUCUCCCGCUUUCCAGAACACGAGAUCAUGCCCUUCCGUGCGAGGGUGCUGCGCGCCCUGGCUGCCCCCCUGGACGACCACAAGAGGGUGGUGAGGAGCGAGGCGGCGGUGGCCCGGAAUGAAUGGUUCCUUCUGGGGAGUCCAGGAGGCAGGUGAAUUUGGCCCCCAAUCCCUGACUAGGUGUGGGAGGGGACAGAUGGGACGGCUUGCUCCUGAGGAAGAGGGCUUGGGGCUCUAGCGCUGCCCAUGGAGUUUGGGACAUCGCACCACCACCCACAGCACUUCAUCUUGUACAUGAGAUUAAACACAGACGGCAGGUAGCUUAGCGGUUAAGAGCGUUGGGCCGGUAACCGACAGGUCGCUGGUUCGAAUCGACUAGGUGAAAAAAAAAUCUGCCGGUGUGCCCUUGGGCAAGGCACAUAACCCUAAUUGCUCCUGUACGUCGCUCUGGAUAAGAGCGUUUGCUAAAUGACACACACUUGUUGUUGAACUGCUUCUAUCAUCAAACGUGAGAGGAGUUAGACUGGCCACUGCAUGGUGGCAUGGUGACAGCCUACUGCAACUUCAUGGAAUGACUGAGCUGCACUGAAACAAGCUUGGCACAGAGAGAAGAAAACAAUUUAUAUUGGGGAGAGGGGUGUUAAUGAAUGUGUGACUGAUUACCCAUGUAUUAUUCAAUGAUUGAUGUGGUUGGCUACACAUUUCACUUGGCCAACUUUGAGCCUCAAAAUUAUGCUGACGAUGUGGACAAUAUUUAAAAUGUCUAACUUAAGCUGUCAAUAAAACUUUUUGUAAAUGUA